AUGGCAGCAAAGCUUCGAGUUAUAAUAGUCGGCUCUGGCCUAGCGGGCCUAGCAGCUGCGAGGAUCCUCCGGGAGCAUCACGAUGUCACUGUGUACGAGCGCGGUGGCGCGGACACAGCCACCGGUGGACAGGGCAUAUGUCUGUUCUCCAACGGCGUCAAGAUUCUCCAAACGAUGGGAUUCGAUCGAGCCCGCGUCGGCGCCGUGCCGUGCUAUGGCUACCGCGCGCUUGAUAGGAACGGCAACCAGCUACAGGACUUUCCCAUCGACUUCAAAGGGAAGUAUGGGGCAGACACCCUGUCUAUGAAGCGGUCGGACUUCCGUGACGAGCUCUUGCUACUGGCCACCGCUCCUUCUGAAGACCUCGGCAUCCAGGGCAAGCCAGCACAAGUGAUUUUCAACACCAAUGUCGUUGACAUCGACCCGGAGGAGGCCAGUAUCACGCUAGAAGACGGCUCAGUUAUAGGUGCCGAUAUAGUUGUUAUCGCCGAUGGCGUGCACUCACGUCUCCGUCGCCGCGUCGUGGGUUCCGAUGCCCACCAGGUGAAGAAGAACGGGAUGACCUGCUAUCGCGUGGCGGUCUCUGCCGAGGCCGUUAAAGACACGCUUGGCUAUCUGCCCGCAUGGUGGGAUCCCAAAACCGCCGACGGCCGGAUCUGCGCUCUCCAGGCCCUUGAUGGGAGUAACCGCAUGAUUGCAGCAUAUGCGAUCCGGAACUCCGAGUACAUGAACCUAGCGUGUCUCUUUCCCACUCGGGAGAACAGGGGAAAUGUCCUGGAAUCCUGGUACGCGGAUGGCAACCGACGGGAAAUGAUCGAGACGUUCGACGACUACUAUGAGCCCAUGCGGAAGAUUCUGGGAAUCGCUACUGAGGUGAAGGUCUGGGAGCUCCAGGAUAUGGACCCUCUGCCCAACUGGAACCGCGGACGCGCAAUUCUUAUAGGAGACGCGGCUCAUGCAAUGACCCCAAUGCAGGGCCAGGGGGCCAAUAUGGCGUUGGAAGAUGCUGAUGCUCUGCGCCUGUUGCGCCCGGGUAUGUCUCGUGCGGAUAUUGAGGCGGUUCUGGACCAGGUCUAUAGUAUCCGUCGGCCGCGUACUGCGAGAGUCCUGCAGGAUACUCGUGUCCAGGCGAAGGAUAUCACACUGGAGGAAAGAAUAGCCAAUCUGGAUUAUAACUGUGGUUAUAAUGGUGUCUUUGAGGCUAUCAAGGCCGCGCAGUGA